CUUGCUUGGAUGAUUAGGCCUGAGUAGUAUGGGAGUUGAGGUUGAGUUUUAACCACAGCGAACAUGUAAGAUUACAAUAUCACAGGAACAAACGUGAUGUAUGAGACCACCUUCCUGCGAUAUGUUAGGCUUGGUGGUAGAUGCGUUUCUGCUCAUAUUAUUCAGAGGAGGAAUCUCUCAGGAGCCGAUGCCAUUAAUGCCCUGCGGCCUUUUUACUUUGCAGUGCACCCUGAUUUCUUUGGCCAGCAUCCAAGAGAGAGAGAAGUAAAUGAAAACUCCCUCAAAAGGCUAAAUGGUUAUCUGGAAAAUCUUCAGAAACCUGGGGUGAGAUCCCCCAAACCUGCAAACCUCACUUUUUAUGUCAGGGACACAAAAGAAAAAGCAGACUCCAAUGGUAGUCUGCCAGCUUCAGGAUUCCGUUCGGUGACUUUCACCUUGCAGUCUAAGGAUGUUCUGAGCACGGUGUUGGAUGUUCUGAGGUCGUGUAGCCUCUCAGUUGAACAUAUGCAUGUGCUCAAGGCUGAGACCGGGAAGAACUCAACGCAACAGCCUGGAACAGCUUUUUAUCGGCCCAUCAAAUGGGACAAGACUUACUACACUUUCACAGGAUUCAGGGACCCAGAGCAGGAGUUAGAACAAGCCAGAAGAGUGGAGCCCACACUCAGUUUAUGGUUGAGAAAUAAUGAGCCGGAGGCCACAAAGAAACAGAAUGCCAGUCUUCCACGCCGUGAGGAGCUGAAAAGGCUGAAAAGAGAGCUGAUUCAGAAACUUGGUUUGUUGGAUAUCAGGUGGCAGCGCAAAUGGGGAGUUGCACACAAAUGCUGUCAGCUGCAGAGUCUGGGUCGUCUCUCCACACAAAGCCCUGAGGCUCUGCACAUUCUGAGAGGACACAUAAUAGUUUUUACUGACCAGUCAGGGAUGAAUGCUUCAGGACAUGUUAUGUUAGGAACAAUGGAUGUUCAUCAUCAAUGGACAAAGCUCUUUGAAAGAUUGCCAAGUUACCGAAGCUUGUUCCAGCAUUCAGACUGGCUGAAGGAGCGCAUCAGUCACCUGUUGGGAGGGAUUCAGGUGAUCCACAUCGAGCGGAUGGGUCCAGCUCUUCCUCUGGAGGAACACUACAGUGCUCUCAACACUUUCCACAAGAGACUGUUACCUCAGCGCCUCUCCCUGCACCCCCGCAGCAUGCAAGGCCUUACAAUGACCUUGGAAAAUGACCGCUCCACCCCCUGCCUGCAUGAGAUGGGCCACUUCAUCAUCCCUACUAUGUGUGACACCCUCCAGCUGCAGAACUUCCUCCAGAGCCAGGCCCAGGAGGCCCGGAGACGCAUGCAACGCAAAGACAAAUUGGAGGCGGAGGAAGAAGACAUCAUUUCGAGUUGUCUGCAGGAUUUGUCUCUACGCAGUCUGUCCAAAGAGCCCAGUGUGUCGAGCAGUCAGAUGAUCCCCUGCUGCAGGCGUCUGAUGGAGGAAAGAUCCCCACAGAUGCAGGGCCUUCAUUUAUACAUCUCUCACUUCUAUUCAGUCAUGCAUGAUGGGGAUCUGUGUAUUCCCUGGGACUGGAAGGGUUGAAACACACCAAACUCUAGUUGGACUUUAUUACUAUGCCUAUCAGGCUAGUGUGGUCACAAUAUUUUGAGGAUUUAGAGAUUUUGGCCUAGUGUAUAGGCAUUAUGAAUGCACUUUGGUUGUAAAAAUCUAGCACAUAGUGUUGUGCUUCUGAGGCAGUUGGCCCCAGUCAUGUGAUGUUAUAACUUAGCACAAAGUUUGUUUAUUUGCACUGCCAAGAGUAUGCAUUAGUCAUGAACAACACUUCAGGGUCAUAAUUUUUUUUAAGCAUCAUGUUUAAAUCAAAUUAUAGAUGGCUUUUUUUGCCUGAAAAUGAUCCGUUGCUAGUUACACCAUAUCUGAGAUUUAUAAUACUCAUGUUUUAUCAAUAAUCAUGUUUUGGUUGUUUAACAUGCAACUUUGGGUUGGUUCUGGUUUUCAGUGUGGUGCUGGAAUAAUUCUCAAUACUAGUGACUGCUUGGAGAUCAACACAUUUGCUUACUGUUAUACUAACUGCCAAAAUCUAAAAUGCACAGUCAAAAUUCAAUGUGUUUGGACAAAACAUUUUGUCUAAAUGCUGAGUAUAUCCACAUGUUCAGAAAUGGAAAAGUGUUCUCUAAAAAUCUAAGAAGGUGUUCAUAUAUUGUAUGUACAAUAUCAAUCCUAAAUGCUGUAAUAUUGUCUGUCUUGAAAUGUAGUGUGAAGUGUAUUCAUGUUGUGUGCUGCUAUUGAGUUUCAAAGGUUUAUACUGUGAUAUCUGUACGUACGAUGAAUAUCGAACUGUGUAACCACAAAAUUUAAACAAUGGUUCAAGUGUUACCCGUCACUAUUGUAUACAU